AUGACAGAAGAAGAGUGUAAAUGUAUAAAGAUCAUCGGUCACUUGGAGGCGGUGCGGUGGCACUUGUGGCCCCGGGACUACCGCCCCAGCCCGGGGGUACUGGCCGUGGACGAUUGGACGACCAACCAACAUAUAUGGCUACAUUAUGUCGAGAGCACGGAUGGUAUCUUACCCGAUGAUGAUAUAUUAAGAUCUACAGACACACGUUACUGGUCGAUUCACGAUGUCCAGCGCUACUUCGUGGGCGAGCUCCACUGCGAGCGGGUGCUGUUCACAUACCAGUACCCAAACAUCAGGAUGCCCACCCGGUUCGGAAGCUAUUUGUGGAAGGCCAAUACGGCCCUGAAACUACCACCAGCUCUUUAUAUGCGGGAACUGCAUAGGUCUUUGGAAACUACGCUUAAAAAAUUUGAAGCCGAGCAGAUACAAAUAAACAGGCUCAUUCUGUGCGACCAGCUGAUCAAGAUUGAUCGCUUAGACUGCUUCAAGAGGCAAACGUUUUUCAGACUACUGGGCAAUAUCAUUAGUUACCAAGAUGACCUGGAGCUGGUUUCACUGGAGAAUCUCUGCUGCACGAGACUGGAAGGAGUGCGUCUGAUCCAGCAGCUUGCCUGCUUCAACUCCCACUCCCUCAAGUACCUAUUCCUCUGGCGGUUUGUGCUGCCCAAUGAGAACCCGCUGCUGAUCAACUACAGCUACAUCACUGGUAGCGGCAGGCACCUACCGCGGCCCGACUCGCGCCGAUGCUUCCUACGCAGCCUGGCCGAGCUACGUAACCUGCGCCUGUUGGCGCUGGAGUACUCGCACAUCGCGGACGGGACGGGAUACGCGCUGAUGGCGCUGCUGCCCGUCUUACGGCGACCGCACUUUAGGUUGCAGUUGAUAUGUCGCGAGGAUCAGAUCCCGGGGAGAGCGGACGCAGCGCUGGGCGCGGGCGGGCACGGCGUGCCCGACACCGUGUGGCGCCGCGUUAGCAUCGCCUGCCCCGACUUGUACCUGCUUAUGGCUUUUUUCCGUAUCCGCGAGUACGACAACGUGCGCCGCUUCCUGUCGCCGAGCGUGCCGCUCCGUGAGGUGCACCUGCAGCGCGGGCUCGAGCUUUGCCGCGGCGCGCCCGACUCCGAUCUCACCUGCUUUGUGCGCCACGUCGCCUACCGAUAUGGCGACACUCUGGUAACGCUAAGUAUCCACGAGUGGCGCGGCGCGCUGUUCCCGCUGCGCCGCGUGGUGGAGCUGCUGCCGGCGCUGGUGCGGCUGCUGUACGCCGGGCUGGCGGACCCGCGGGAUCUGGACGACACGCUCGCUAUGGUCGCGUGUGGAGUCGCUAGGAAACUAAAACAGCUUCACAUUCAAGUACAAGACGAGGAGAGCACGCGCGCCGGCUGGGCGGACGCUCUGCGCGCGCUGCGCGACAAGUACAAGGAUAUCAUGCACUUGCUCGACAUCCAACUAUGUUUGCAGAUCUAUAAAAAUUGA